AUGUCGGCCGACUCUGGUCCGUCGCCGCUACCCGGGCUUCCUGGAUUCGAUCCGCAAAACAUCCGACCAUGGACUAUCGAAGUGGUCGCCUCGAUGACAGUACUCGCGGUAGUGGCCGUCGGGCUCCGUCUCUUCAGUCGUCAAACGAAAGGACAGAAGCUGUGGUGGGAUGAUUACUUGAUAGUAUGGUCGAUGUUGUGGAAUCUCGUUGUCGUUGGAUUCAUCUUUGCGAUGCACUCGGUGGGCAUGGGUCUCCACGCAGACAAGGUCGGAGUCGACAACAUCGUAAAGAUGGCCAAGUAUCUCCUUGUGGCAGAGAUUCUCUACGCCUGGAAUCUAGGGUGGACCAAGCUGAGCUUAAUGUUGAUGUACUACCGCAUUUUCCACAUUCCAUUUUUCAAGAAGAUGACGUGGUUUGUCAUCUCCUUUGUCUUCGCCUGGGUCAUUUGCAUCACCUUUCUCUUCAUCUUCAUUUGCGUCCCGGUCGAGAAGCUUUGGUAUCCCGACAUACCAGGAAGAUGCAUCAAUCAAGUCGCUACAUGGAUCGCCAACGCGGCCUCGACUAUUUUCACAGAUCUUCUCAUCUUGCUGCUGCCCCUUCCUCAGGUAUGGAAGUUACAGUUGCAAAAGGCUGAGAAAAUUGCCCUGACCUUUGCUUUUGGUCUCGGGUUCUUCGUUGUCUUCACCUCGGCAUACCGAACAAGCGUCCUCUUCACCUACAGCGGCACCGACCCGAGCUAUACCCUCGCCCCGACAGUCGGCUGGACCUCCAUCGAAAUGUCAGCCGGUAUAGUCUCCGCCUGCCUGCCAACCAUCCGUCCCGCCUUGCAGCGCAUCGUCCGAGCCUGUGGUUUCAAGGGCAGCAUGGGCGGAAUGUUCCGCAGCACGACGGCGCUGGGCUUCGGCUCCAGCAGGAACAAGUCCAACUUUAGCAACGGCAUGUCCUCGCAGGACCCGCACACCAACACCGGCUCUCAGAUUCCUCGCAACCUCUCGACGACCAAGCACGGUGUCGGCGAAGAUGGUUUCUACCGGUUGCCCGACGACAAUGGCUCCGAGGGCACCAGCCGCCAGCCUACGCCCCCCUUGGCGGACUCAAAGCUGAGGCCUGACACUACCGGAUUCGGGUAUUCCAUUUCGAGUUAUCCUGUCAAAGAGGGGGAUGAUAAGAGCGAUGACGAAAUUCCCCUCCAUGCCAUCCGAGUGCAGAGGGACUUUAAACACACGACAGAAUGA